AAAAGGAGGAAGAGGAGGAUCAAGAAGAAGGGACCCCAGAGGGCGGGCUGGCAGUGACGGAGGCGGUCCCGAGGUUUGGGCAUGGCUGGAUCCAGAAGUGAGUCAGGUUGCCCUGAAGUGGAGGUCGCCCCCAAGUCGGCAAGGGUGUGUAUGUUGAGUAGGUGUACUAGCCAAAUCAUCAGCCAUAUCACAAGGAACAAGUCCAACUUGUUUUAAGAGGAAGAUAUUUGACGGAAAAGUCUGCAAACUCAUUCCCUGAAGGAGGCUGUGGGUUUUUCAUCUGCACUGAAGAGACCCAAUCUUCCAUAGAGAAGAAGAUAUACAGCAUGCUGGCUAUGGAAAUAUGGAGUUGAAGUCCGAUACAGUGGCUGAAUUUUCAUGAUACAUUUAAGCAGCCAACAACUUAAUAUCCUCCCACGAUGGCAGAAGCUCACCAGGCUGUGGCAUUUCAGUUCACCGUCUCUCCAGAGGGUAUUGACCUUCAGUUGAGCCAUGCAGCUAUCAAGGAGAUUUACCUUUCAGGCCUGCGUUCCUGGAAAAAGAAAUUCAACCAACUACGGAAUGGUUUUGUGACAGGUGUGUAUCCUGCCAGCCCCUCCAGUUGGUUUUUCAUGGUUACAGCCAUCCUAGUAACCCAGUUCUCUCGUCUUGACCCCUCCAUGGGCAUGAUUGACAAAAUAAAGGAACAUCUGCCAGUCAGCAAUUAUCUGUCAGAUCAGGGCCUGAAUGUCCUCAGUGUCCUGGCCUUUUCCACAUUGCUGUGGCUGGCUCUCAUUAUGACUAUGCGUAGCAUUCUUAAGAUGCUGCUAUGCUACCAUGGAUGGAUGUAUGAGGAGCAUGGUCGGAUAUCCAACACCACAAAGAUCUGGUUGGCUUUGGUGAAAAUCUUCUCUGGUCGUAAACCCAUGUUGUAUAGCUAUCAGGCCUCACUGCCUCGCUUGCCUGUUCCAGCUAUUACGGAUACAAUGCGGAGGUAUCUGGAAUCCAUACGACCUCUGAUGACUGAUGCAGAAUUCUAUCGAAUGACAGGUCUUGUCCGUGACUUUGAACGGACCCUUGGACCACAACUGCAGUGGUAUCUCACGCUGAAAUCUUGGUGGGCACCCAACUAUGUAAGUGAUUGGUGGGAAGAGUAUGUGUAUCUCCGUGGGAGGAGCCCCCUGAUGGUAAAUAGCAACUAUUAUGGCAUGGAUUUCCUUUAUGUCACACCUACUCCAGUCCAAUCUGCUCGUGCUGGGAAUCUUGUUUAUGCCAUACUGCUGUACCGACGCAAACUCAUCCGGGAGGAAAUCAAACCAAGCAUGGUUCCUAAUUCCUUCAUCCCCCUCUGUUCGGCCCAGUGGCAGCGCCUCUUCAACACCACCAGGUUGCCUGGGGAGGGGCAGGAUAAGAUCCAACAUCUACAAGACAGUGAUCACAUUGCAGUAUACCAUGCAGGACGCUUAUUUCGGGUAUCGUUGUAUUACAAGGGGAAGCUGCUGGAGCCCUGUGAAUUUCAGGCACAGUUUGAAGCUAUCCUUUGUGACCCUACACCCCCUCUGCCUGGGGAGGAGAAAUUGCCUUCAAUGACUGCAGGUGAAAGAGAUGCCUGGGCCCGGGCCCGCCAGACCUACUUCGAGUCUGGGAUUAACAAGGAGUCCUUGAGCAUCAUUGAGAAAGCUGCUUUCUUUGUCACUCUUGACACAAGUGAACAAGGCCUGCGAGGGCCCAAUCCAGGUCAGGCUUUGGAUGUCUAUGCAAAAUCCUUGCUACACGGACACUGCUGUGACAGGUGGUUUGACAAAUCUUUCAACCUGAUUGUUUACCGCAAUGGGAAAGCCGGAAUCAAUGCAGAACACUCAUGGGCAGAUGCGCCUAUUGUUGGACAUCUUUGGGAGUACACACUUGCCACAGAUUCAUUCCAGCUGGGAUAUGAUGUUGAAGGGAACUGCAAAGGCAAGAUGGAUCCCAACAUCCCUCCACCUCAAAAACUGGAGUGGGAAAUAUCAUCAGAGUGCCAAGAGGUGAUCUUGCAGUCCUUUAUUUUGGCCCACGCUUUGGCCAGUGACGUUGAUUUUCACGUCUUUACCUUUAAGGACUUUGGCAAAGGCCAUAUCAAGAAAUGCCACACUAGUCCGGAUGCUUUCAUCCAGCUUGCCCUUCAACUAGCACAUUUUCGGGACAUGAACAAGUUCUGUCUCACUUAUGAAGCAUCUAUGACUCGUCUUUUUCGGGAAGGCCGAACAGAAACAGUUCGUUCCUGCACCAUUGAAUCUUGCAACUUUGUGAAGGCAGUGAUAGAUCCUACUCAAACUGAUAGUUCAAGGUUACGCCUUUUCCGAGUGGCAGCUGAGAAACACCAGAAUCUUUAUCGGCAAGCCAUGAUAGGUGCUGGCAUCGAUAGGCACCUUUUUUGCCUCUACGUUGUCUCUAAAUACCUUGGCCUGGAUUCUCCUUUCUUACGUGAGGUAUUAUCUGAACCAUGGAGACUCUCCACUAGUCAGACUCCCAUUCAACAAUUAGAGCUAUUUGACCUACAGAAUAAUCCUGACUAUGUUUCUUGUGGUGGUGGAUUUGGACCGGUUGAUGAUAAUGGAUAUGGAGUAUCUUACAUCAUUGUCGGUGAAGAUCUCAUCAAUUUCCACGUGUCAUGCAAAUUCUCCGGCCAAGGAACAGUGAGUCUGGCUAAUAGUUUUCCUAGCAGGAUGCACACCGUUUUGGGUUUAAUAUCCGGAAAGCCAUGAAUGACAUCUUGAACCUUUUCCAAACAAACCACACUGCCCAUGCCACAGCUGGCAAGUGACUGAAUAAAUGCCAGCAAUAUUGUACAGUUAGUUAUCAAUGACACAUGUUGAGUGUGUUUUUUGUUCACUAAUCAGCAGGGAUUUUUGGAAAGGGGGGGGAGGGGAUACCCAGGGGCCAGUCCUGAAGAAGUCUGCAAGUACAGUGGAGUUCAUCUUUGGAUUUAAAGACCUGGAUUCUACUGUAUAUCAAAUACCACAGAUCUCUAGGCAAAUAAGGGUUCUUAUUCACCCUGCCCACAUUUCUGUAUUUCCUAAAGAUCUGAUGGGGAAGAUUGCUAACCAAGGCUUGUUUGUGGAUGAAGAAACAUCUGUUGCUGGAUUAGAACAGAAAAGUUGGGAGCUUAGCUGAUUGAGGUUUCUGCUCCAAACUCCCACGUGGAUUUUCUGAAGCUGUGCCUCCUCAGCCAUUUGCAACCAGCUGCUAAGAAUCUCUUCUUCCUGUGCUCCAGCCACUUCAGACCAUUGGUUUGUUGCCUGCCUAUUCUGUGCUUCAUAUAUGAAGGACUCAGUCCCUGUGGCUGUGAUUAUACUAUUCCUAUAAAGUGCUUCAAAUAGGAUGAUGGAUGAUAUUUUUGAGAACUGAAUUCCUCAUUCUUACCCUUUAAUGUCUGAGGAAAUCAGUAUGAAUUCAAUGUAGGGGAAAGGAAUCUUAAUGUAAGUCAGAUCAAUUGGUCUAUCUCUUAGUAUUAUAAAUGUUAAUAAAACUCCAGAGUGGGAGUUCUUGCCAAAAAUGUCUGGUUUUGGUCAACUGAAGGGUUGGAAAGUGAUAAGGAGCAUGUUUAAAAACCCAGAGGUUUUGAAGAGAGGCCUCACUUGCAGAAGUGCUCAAUGCUGCCUCUUUUAAAUGUCCUUUUAGCAGAUAAGCCAGACUUCUCCUCUCCAGGGACUUUAGCAAGUAGUUUUGGCUACCAUCCUUUUGCAUAAUUUCUGCAACUGUGAUUUGAAGACCAUUUUUUUAAAUAUAAGGGCUUAACUUAUUAGGGAAACUGUUAAAAAUGUGGCACGGCCAGACUACAGUUAGGAAAAUAGAUAGUAUUAUGAUCACUUAUUCAGAUUUACUGUUUUCAUGCAACUUCCAAAAAGCUUUUGCACUUCAUUAUCUUCUGAGCGUUCAUAGCAAGAUGUUUUUCAGCUCCUUAAUUGCAUUGAAUGCAAACUUAUUAGAUUGGGACAGUGCUUGGCAUUUGGAUGGCAUGCUCUUGGGCAUACUUGUUUAAGGUGGGUCUUACAACAGCGCUUCUGUUUGUGCAUGAGCCUCCAAGGCUGUUCCAGAUCCUGCUUCCAUUGAGAUCAGAGCAAUUAUUAGAUGUUGGAGAAAAGGAAGGCCUACAGAACUCAUUAACCCAUUGGGGCAUCGUGCCAAGCAAAUCAUAGGUGUAAUACUUGUAAUCAUGACGCUGUAGGUCACCAAGCAAACAAAGUCAGCGGUUUGACCUAAGAGAGCAAAGUACCACAGGGAAAAGCAGCCUGCAUUCUCCCAGAACUGUCUCUGCAGGACUCUAUUGCCACCUGAUGGCUUGCAUGCAUUGGGUCACAAGGCACGGUCAGACCUGUGACUGUAGCAAGUGAUGGGAACAGCAAAGUCAUAGAAAAAAUACUAAAGGAUAGAUUUGGAUCUAAUGGAUCAGAUCACUUUACUGAGUGGUAAUGCUUGAGGCUGAGAGCUAUUGGCUCCUGCAGAUACGACAGUCCUUAUAAGGGAAACAUUAGCUCUCCUCCCACCCCUGGUCUUCCGAGUUUAGUACGUAAUGUGUAAAAAACAAUGGCAACCAAUGAGAAUCUAAAGCAAGUGAUUAUGUAUAUAUGUGAAGCCCAGUACUGAAAAUUCAAAGGUUAUGCUGUGAAUUACAUACAGACUAUGUAGUGUAGGAAGCUCUUUGGAAUAUAAUAGCAAUAGCAGAUUUAUAUACCACUUCACAGAGCUUUUACAGCCCUCUCUAAGCAGUUUACAGAGUUAGCAUAUUGCCCCCAACAAUCUGGGCUCAUUUUACCAACCUCGGAAGGAUGGAAGGCUGAGUCAACCUGGAGCCAGAGAGAACCAAACUGCUGGCAAUCGAGAGUCAGCAGGAUUAGCCUGCAGUACUGCAUUCUAACCACUACCACUAUGGUUCAACUACAAGAUAGCUUUUUAAAAAAAACUAUUCAUAGUUUAGUUUAGCUUAGUGCAGGGUUGAGCAAAUAUUAAGCAGCUGAAAGUUUCACUUUUAAUUUAUAUUUUGGAUGGCUUAGGAGAAAUCAUACACAGAGAAAUGGCAAGGGAUAUCAAAUGGGGGUGAGAAUUGAGUUUAUUUUUAAAAUGACUCAUACCUUUUAGCUUCACUCCCUGUCCCCAGAACAGCAGAUACAGGUAGACUCCAACUGACAACCACAAUUGGGACUGGCAUCUCCGUCACUAAGUGAGGCAGACAUUAAGUGAGGUGCACCUGAUUUUACAACCUUUUAUGCCCUCAACAUCCAGGAAACUGCAACUGUCAUAAAUACAUGCUGGUUGCAAAGAAGCCAAUUUUGAUCACAUAACCACAGGGAUAUGCAAUGAUUGUAAGGGUAUCAUAGUAAAUCACUUUUUUUAGCACUGUCAUAACUGAAUGGUUGCUAAAUGAAUCUAAGUACCUGUAACAUACAUAUUUCUGACAUUUGGCAGUUAAUUAUAACCAACACAAGUAGCAUUCCUAGUACAUGUUUAUCUCUGAAGAGGGGAAAUACUUGGAACCACCAUUUUGGUGCCUUUCCAUUACUGGUCUUAACUUGUGGGCUAUCAAGAGACUCAUUAUAGCUCAGCUGUAUUUGCAAUAGCUGAUGCUCAGCUUUUUUUAUCCUGUAAAAUGCUCUGACAUAAAACAACAAUUUGCUGAAGACGGCUAGCCUAGUUACAAGGCUGCAGAAGGAUUUAAAAUGGUUAAACAAAUAAUGCCUGCCCCAGCCAAAUGCUAGUGUUCUCUUGACAAUUUCAGCUAUCUGACACAAGAAGCUGGAAGGGAAAGAAAGAGCAAAACUAAAUUUCUCUUCUUAUAUAAUUUUAUUUAGAAACUCGUCAGUGAUUCUUUUUCCUUUUCUUCCACCCUACUAUUUCUCAGACUUCCCCCCUAUUUCACCUUACAGAAAUAUCUGGGAAGAGACAGAUCAAUUACAAAGGACUUUUAAAAUUAGGACAUAAGUUGGAAAUUAUCCUUCAUAAAACCACCAAAAGACUAAGAUACUAUGUCCAUGGAAUAAAUAACUGCAAAAAUGAUGGAUUUCUAUAUAUUCAAAAAAUGCAUAAAUAAAAUAGAACAAAACUGACAUUCUAAACUUUAAGCUUUGCAAUAAAAGUGAAGAGAAAACUGGAGACACACAUAUACUAAUUUGCCUAUUAAUGAAAAGAAAGACUGUGUUCUGAGCACACGUAUCUCAACACCUGAAGCUUGAACAGGCAAUAUGUUGCAACAGCUAUAAUUCACUUUUUGUGAAUGCCUUUAGAUUUAUUCAGCUGGACAUGGAAAGGUUUUUUCUACUUCCCAAAGUUAGUUCACUGUCCUACACCAACCUCAACGCUAUUGUCCUUUCUACAAAAUACAAAAAAAUAUUUAUAGGAAAGAUGGAAAUGAGAAAUAGAGCAACAUGGAAGUAAACAGGAAGACCACUCAAUCAGAAGCUAAUGCAAAACUAUAGCUGAGCAAUUUGCAGCGUUAUUCACCUCUGAGUCACAUUUGGACUUGGAAAAAUAUAUGGAGGCUACACUUGUCAAAAUCAACAGGGCCAGGACAAAACAAAAUUUAAUGAACACUUAUCAUUACAAUUAAUACUGUUGAUUAUUCCCUGUCAAUGUAAUGACUUUCAUUUUCAGUCAUAUUAAAUUUACCAUUCAGUACUAAUAGAAGUGCUCAGGAAAGUACAUCCAGGAUUUUCAGAAGCUGCAUUUAACUCUUGGACUAUGAUCUCUGACUCUGGAUUUCCCUGUAUUAGCUAAGAUGAGAGGAAGAAAAGCUUAGUGACAAAGCUAUUGUGCUUUGCCCACUGAAGAUCACUGGUUCAUUUUUCAAGCUCUCAAAAUAUUUUUAGUAGUAUUUAGAAACACUUCUGAAAGAAAUUUUGAUGAACUGAUGUCCAAUUAGAAUGGAAAUAGGAUUCAGGAUAAGGCAGCUUUGCAGACUGUACGUCCAUAGCCAAGGACCUGCCUCCAGACUUCCCAGUACAAGGCCAUCUCGAUCUGGCCUGCAUCAACUUAGGAUCGGAAAAAUGCUCCAGAAAGACUGCACUCUGGAAACAUUUUAUUGGGGGCAGGAGGGUCUGGGGUUAGUCUACUCUGUGCCUCACUGUGUCAUCGUCUUCUGCAAACGCUGGCAGCUGGGGCAUAUGCCUUCUGAUUGGGUCCGCUGCUUCAGCUCCUCCAAAAUGGGUGCCAUCGCAUGUUCAAACAUCUUUCGCAGCACCUCUGUAUUCACAAUGCUGUAGCUGUGGGCGGGAAUCAAGAAGUGAAAAAGAAAAAAAGAAAAGAAGGGAUGCCAUUUACAUAGUCAAUGUAGAAAAUAUGAUAGGUUUAAAUCUUGAAAGAGAGAGAAGCAGCCCAGAUACAGAGUCAAGGAAACUCCCUCCACGCAAUGUCAGAAGAGCGCAAUUUGCUGCAUUGAAAAUAACAUAAAUAUAAGGUAUAUCUGGAAGUGAGCUUAUUUAAUAUACUGUAAAUAUGACAAAGCAGCCCUAAUCCAAUUUAAUAUUACUUUAGGACAAAUUCCCCCUUUUCCAGAACUGAUAGAGUGGUCUCAAAAUACCGUUAGAAGAAAAGAGAGGACGUAGGCAAUACAUGUAUGAAACAUCUAAGCUGGAAAGAGAGUUAAAAAGCAUCCAUUUUAAAGCCCAACUCUUCUUGAUUCUUCUAAAUAUGCAUGCCAAUUACAUGAGCUUUAGCAACUUGAACUUUUU